AGACUCAGCGAGCAGGACGGUGGAGGAGAAGCUGCGCCUGGCUUCCGGUGGAUUAUUUCGUUUUAUUAGUUUUGAGUUAAAGAGGGGAAAGAUGGUGGCCAUGACGAAGAAAGUUAAAACUUUCCAGAUCGUCCUGUCGGACCCGUGCAAGUCGUUUUACUGCGGCGGGGACCGGGUGAGCGGCCGGGUGGAGGUGGAGGUGAACGAGGUGGUGCGUGUGUCCGCGGUGAAGAUCCUGGCCCUGGGCCACGCCAAGGUGGAGUACGCUAAGGGCAAGCAGCGGUGCCGACAGGAGGCCGAGUACCUCCGGCACGAAGAGGCUCUGAGCCUGAGCGAGCAGCCCACAGACACGGAUGGAUCAGUCGUGUUGAGACCUGGCAACAAAUAUGAAUACUCCUUUGGGUUUGACCUUCCUCAGCAGGGACAGCUGGUGUCGUCCUACAAGGGCAAGUUCGGCUAUGUUCAUUACUAUGUGAAGGCCAUGCUGGAGAGGCUGCAGCAGCCCACCAUGGAGUGCAAGAAGUCCUUCGAGGUGGAGGAGCCCCUGGAUGUGAACACACCAGACCUGCUGUCCCCCACAGGUGGCAUGAAGGAGAAGAAGGUCACCUGCAUGUUCAUCCCCGACGGCCAGGUGUCGCUGAACGCCAAAAUAGACCGCCGUGGGUUCUGCGAAGGCGAAGACAUCUGCAUCAACGCCAAGUUUGAAAACACCUGCUCCCGCAUCGUGGUGCCCAAGGCCGCCAUCAUCGCCAAGCAGACCUACCAGGCCAACGGUCGCACCAAAGUCUUCCGCCAGAAGCUGUCGGCGGUGCGCGGAAACCACAUCAUCUCAGGCAUGUGUGACGCUUGGCAGGGGAAGACCAUCCGGGUGCCAAAGAUCAAACCCUCCAUGCUGGGCUGCAACAUGAUCCGUGUGGAGUAUGCACUGAUGAUCUACGUGCACAUCCCCGGCAGCGAGAAGCUGAUCCUGGAGCUGCCGCUGGUCAUCGGCACGGCCGGCCUGGGCAGCCGCAGCAGCAGCGUGAGCAGCUACGACGGCUCGGUCAGCACGGCCUCGCAGAGCUGGGUGUCGCUGCGGAUGCCCUCCGACCCCCCCAGCUACUGCGACAUCACCAAGGACGUGCGCCUGGACCAGCCCCUCACGCCCCUGCUGGACGACGUGGAGUGCGACGACAGUCCCAUCUUCAUGGAGGCGCCGCCCAGCUUCCAGUUCCCGCAGCCUCCAGCGUACACAGAGACGGAUAAGGAGUGCAACGCCAACACACGCAUGAUGCCCGUGUGCUGAAGGCUGUCAGGGACUCGCUGUUUUCUGAGGAACAUAGUGGGAGCUCCACACUCCAGAUGAGAUGUUGGACGGAGAGGAGGAGCCAGGACAGUGGAACUGAAGAGAAAUACACUUGCCUUUCGCCACGCUUUAUAAUCUGCUGAUCCAGAGCCACGUGGCGUGGCAAUGUUACAUUUCUGUUUGAGCUGUCCCUUAUGGAGACUGUCGGCAUCUUUGUUUUAUAAUUUUAGGACACUGGGGCUACGCAAACAGAGCCCAGCCUGCUGCAGCUCUUUCCUAUGAAUCAUUCCAGUCUUAUUUUGAAAGGACUUUGCAGGASGAGCUGUCACUGUGGUUAGGUUUGCUGUGUUCACAACAGAUUUUMGCUCAUCCAUCAUAUUUCCAUAUACACCAGUGUUUUGAAAUGUGGUUUGUUCCUGUAUUUUACAGCACUUUUUGAUUGCGAUUCGUUCUUCUACUGCAGAGUUUUGUUGUUUGAAUGUUUUUCACGUGGAAAAUGACUUUUGUCCUCCAGACAAGAAACUCCAAAAAAAAAGAAAACCCCAUAUUGGCAGUAAUGGCUCUGAGUGUGAGUGCCAAAAAUGAUUUCUGCWUCAUGUUCAGYUUUAAUGCAAAGCACCUUAUGUGAGUACAAGCAUUUGAURGAAGUUGUCUCAGACAACAGUUCAUGCUCAGAUCCACUCUGUUCUUUGUUUUCUGUAUUUCCAGGGCUCGAAGAGAAAAACUGUGUGACUGAUUUGUAUAAUAGAUUGCAAUGUUUUCUCAGUACAGAAACUAUUUUUGUAUCAAACCCUAUGGGUCAAGAUUUUUUUGUAUUAAUAAAGAAAUGUGAACAAAUCUC